AUGGCGCGCAUGGUCACCUCCCCAUGUCCAAGAGACUACGCUAAUACCACGAACCCGAACGACACCGUGAACGAGAAAAAGGCUCGCCACCUGAGCCUAAGUACCAGUCAGGACACGUUCAAACCCAUCUCGUCCCCAGGACAAUCGACAGAUGUAGCGACUGAAGACUUCGAAAUCGCGUCCGUACUGAAGCUGAUCGCUGUCUCAGUCACUGAGCAGCGCCGCCUCGCCAUCGAAUCCCUCAUCCUCCACCCGAUCACUCUAACCCUGUUAGCCGUGGGGUUUGUUUACAGCGUCGGUGCCGUUUACCAAGACCCAUCUGGCUGGCCCUAUAUUGCGGUUAUCUGUGCAACCACGGUAUUGGCCGCUUUGGGCAUCGUCACACGCUUGGCUGGGGAAUAUGAAAAGGAAGCUGAGAGGGUUGGAACACUGAACUGGUUGUACGAACACGAUCCUAACAAAGAAGUCGACCCUACCACGACCCAGGAAGACCCCGUAUUCAACUCAGAUAACGGGGUUACAUUUGUACUUGUUCAUCGAUUCGGGAGCUGCAUUGUCGGCACGCUUGUUGUGAGCAUCGUAUACAUCGGCAUCCAGCCCCAUUCGAAAAUCAACCUGAUGACUCUCCCAACGGGCGAAAACUACGAUGCCUUUAUCCGUGCAUGGACUGUGCAAAAAGGUUUCCGUGGCUACGGUGUUGGUGCUGCGCUCCUGAACGAAGCUGUCAUGAUCUGCCAUGAGCAUAAGUGGAAAGGGCUUCGGUUUGCGAAUUCCCAUGCCAAUUCGCUUCGCGUCUUUCCCUGCAUCUUUCACUUGGACAUGGACCAGGCGUCUGAUAUGUGGAGCUCGUAUCUGCGCAAACGGACUGAGACGCAUCGUCAAUCCCGUGCUGUUCUGGAGACUCGACUCCUCGAUGCAGCGCCAAGUACGAGUGAUAGCCAGGGCCCGAUGAUUGAUACCCAGAUGCGCUUGGUUUGUAUCCAGGCUAAGCUAGAGGAGUUGAUCCGAAGUUACUUCAAUGUGCGUCUUGAAAAAGCAGUCGAGGCUCAGACUCGGUGGAGGAAAACAUCGUGA